ACUACAUAGCCUAGAGUUUUGCAAACAACCGGUUUUGCCAGUUUUGCCGGUUAUAACCGGCAGAACUAAAUUCAAAUAGUUCUGCCCCCGGGCCCCCACACUACGCCUGCGCCUCCAACGGCCUCGAUCGUCUGACCAGCGUGUGUUUCGGUUCGCUAGCGGAAAGUGUUGAUUUGGUAUAUGGAGCCAUCAGGUGAGGCAGCGAACAAUGAGCAUUCGGUGAUGUCCCAAAUUGCUGAUGUGCCAUAUGGUUUUAGGGAAGUCAACAACGACUGAGAAGAUAUAUCCCAGUGCUUCAUAUUGAAGGUGAACAAAGGUACCUCUAGCUAGAAAGACAAGCUGACUUCAAGGGACGCGGUGAGCACGCGACAAGUAGGGAAUGCGCCGAGGCCGCAAACUAUAUCUUUUAGUAGGGUGUGGUCUGGAUCUCAGAAUUUGUAAUCACUGAUAACGUACAAUAUGGGGUCGAAAGUUCAUUUUACGUGUCAUCAAGUUGUCGACCACAGUCAUGGAAAUCGAGAAAGAUCCCUCUCUUCCAGACAAUCUCCGCCACGUGCUUUCGAAACUCAUGGCCGAAAAUGGACCAGUCAUGAAGUUACAGGGACAACUGAAGAACCUUUAGAAGACUACCAAACGAGCAGGAAAACGGACACAAUAUCCAAAUUGAUGUGGCCAUUCAAGGAAACGAAAGCAGCAGCGAUUGCUGAGAGAUCGAAAGGCUUUUAUCACGACAUCACAACAGUUCUAGCAAUAGACUCACGGAACACGCUCAAGGACAUCGGUCGAGGAGUCGAGGAAUUAAAUAAGACGCAAGAGGCGCACAAGAAAGACGAGGAACGUCGACAGUUGCUUAAAUGGAUGAACCCUGUGUCUUGUAUUGAGAAGCACGACGCUCUCAAGUGCAACUCCGAGACCAGUCGUUGGAUUUUCCACGCCAAUCAGUAUAAGGCCUGGAAUACAUCCGAUUGCGCGUUUCUAUGGUUGAAUGGCCAGCCUGGACAUGGGAAGACAAACCUUGCUUCCUCCAUUAUCGACGGAAUUCAAGGUAGCGGCGGAGCAGAGCCACAGACUCUCGGUUACUUCUAUUGCAAUUUCCAAGACGACCGAACGACAAACGCAGCCGCAGUUUUGCGCUCUUUGGUUGUUCAACUGCUUCAACAAUUUCAAGACGACUGGAUCACCAAGAUACGCGAGCCAGGGCUGCAAGGAGAUCUUGUUUCUCUGCGAAACCUCUGGCAGCAACAACGUGAUGUAAAACCGCAUCCCACAGAUCUGGGGUUUCUACGAAAGCUUCUUGUUGAAGUAUCUGCGCUAGUUUGCCGACCAGUCCUCGUGAUUAACGCCUUGGAUGAAUGCAAGGACUACCCUGACCUUGUAGGACAUCUCGUAAACCUCGCCGAAGACGCUCAACUGCAACUUUUUGUCGCUGGUAGAAGCGAGCCAGACAUCCAAGAAGCCUUCGAUGAUCUCCCCACCAUGUCACUGAAGGACAGCGCAGGACAAAUGAAAGAAGAUAUACUGGUUCACAUCACCGAGCAGCUGAAUACUAAGGGCUUUUCAGGCCUACCUGACGCGCUUAAAAUGAUAAUUUUGGAGAAACUGUUAGAAAAAGCCAAGGACAUGUUUUGCUGGGUUCAGUGUCAACUGGACGUCAUCAUGACGUGCAAAAGACCCGGCAGUAUUCGGAAAGCCCUCGACGACCUUUCGGCAGAUCUAUAUGAAACUUAUGACCAGAUCGCUCACUGCCCGGCGUUGCUUACUUUUGCCGGCCGGCGCAUCCGUCCCUUUGACGCUUGACCAGCUCAAUGAAGUGAUGAUGAUCGAAGUUGGGCUGCCGAGUCUCAAUGAAGACCUUGGCGUUAUCGACACUAUGGAUAUCGUGGCCGCAUGCGGAAGCCUUGU